CGCGGGGCGGGGCCGGUGUCCUUCUGGGCGCCGCCGGGCCUGGCUCCGCCUCUCUUUCUUUCUCCGCAGCAUCCGGGGAGGACGGCAGCUGCAGCCACGUUGCCCAGUGGAAUCAUGGCUCCAAACACAGAACGCACAUUCAUUGCCAUCAAGCCUGAUGGAGUCCAGCGGGGAUUAGUCGGGGAAAUCAUCAAGCGAUUCGAACAGAAGGGUUUUCACAUGGUGGGAAUGAAAUUUUUGCACGCGUCUGAAGAACUUCUCAAGCAACAUUACAUUGACUUGAAAGACAAGCCAUUUUACCCUGGUUUGGUUAAAUAUAUGAAUUCUGGGCCUAUAGUAGCCAUGGUCUGGGAAGGUCUCAAUGUUGUGAAGACGGGAAGGCUCAUGUUGGGAGAAACUAACCCAGCAGAUUCCAAACCUGGCACUAUCCGUGGUGAUUUCUGCAUUCAAGUUGGCAGGAAUAUAAUUCAUGGCAGCGACUCUGUGGAAAGUGCUCAGAAGGAGAUCAAUCUGUGGUUCAAGCCUGCAGAACUUGUGGACUACAAAUCAUGUGCUCACGACUGGAUUUAUGAAUAAAACAGACUUUACAAUGAAUUGUGCCUUCUUCCAAUGAAGCAUCUCAAUCCACUUAGUUAUUAACAUGGGAGCAAUCAUCACGGUUAUCUUUGUGAUUGUUGGCACUAAUAAAAUAUCAGUAACAAAGUA